CGGAGUGUUACAUAACCGAGUGGCUUUAGCUGUCCAAGGUGCUGAAGGAGUGGACGGUCGUACCCUAAAACGGGACGAGCUGUGGGGGAAUUCACCUUGUUUAGGUCAAGGGCCUGCUGUAGUGGAGACGAUCGGGAGCGCAGAGAAGGAGCCUGCGUAUUUUUCCUGCCGUAGCGGUUGAAAUUUAUUCCUGAGGUGGUCGACUUGACAGAGAGAAAAUGUCGGGGCAAACGCUCACGGAUCGCAUUGCCGCUGCGCAGUACCAGCUAACUGGAUCAGAUAUGGCCCGGGCUGUGUGCAAAGCUACUACUCAUGAGGUGUCGCCGCCCAAGAAGAAGCACCUGGAAUACCUGGUGUCCGCCACAAACACCACCAACGUGAACAUUCCUCAGAUGGCUGACACGCUCUUCGAGAGGUCCACUAACGCCAGCUGGGUGGUGGUCAAGGCUCUAGUCACCACCCAUCACCUGUGCAUUCACGGCAACGAGAGAUUCAUUCAGUACUUGGCUUCCAGGACCGCCUUGUUCAACCUCAGUAAUUUCAUUGACAAAACUGGCUCUCAUGGUUAUGACAUGUCAACUUUCAUCAGACGAUAUGGGAGGUACCUGAAUGAGAAAGCCUUUGCCUACCGUCAGAUGGCUUUUGACUUCACUAGAGUCAAAAAAGGUGCUGAGGGCGUGAUGAGGACCAUGACCACUGAGAAGCUGUUGAAAGCCAUGCCCGUCCUGCAAACACAGAUUGACACGCUGCUUGAAUUCGAUGUACAUCCAAAGGAACUGAACAAUGGAAUCAUCAAUGCUUGCUUUAUGCUUCUCUUCAAGGAUUUGGUUAAACUGUUUGCAUCUUACAACGAUGGCAUCAUCAACCUAUUAGAGAAAUACUUCAAAAUGAAGAAGAGUGAGUGUAAGGAGGGCUUGGAGAUUUACAAGAGGUUUUUGACCAGAGUGACAAAGAUCGGUGAAUUUAUGAAGCUGGCUGAGACAGUGGGAGUUGACAAAAAUGACAUCCCUGAUAUUAACUAUGCUCCCAGCAGUAUCCUGGAGUCACUGGAAACCCACAUGAACGGGCUGGAAGAUACAAAGGGAGGAAAGAAGGGUGAAGGGUCACCAACAAAGGGUUCCCCCACAAACAAUGUGUCCCCCACCUCUACUCCAGCCAAAUCCUCAAAUGCUGUCCCCACUCUGCAGCCUCCUCCUGGGGAUGGUGCUGCCGCCGCCGCUGCUCCUGCUGCUCCAGAACCAGCCGAGGAAUCUUUGUUGGACCUGGAUCCUCUGUCUUCCACGGGCCCUUCAGAACCAUCAGCUGCACCUACGUCAUGGGGAGACCUCCUUGGAUCUGAAAUGGGUGAUUCGUUGCUAGCUGAACCUGCCCUCGCAGCAGAGCCCGCCCCCUCCCCGGCAGCAGCCACGCCCACACCAGCAGCUGCAGAAGCCACGCCUCUAGCUCCUCCCACUAGCACAGCAGCCGCCACCUCCCCAGGCGCCACCAAUAUGGAUCUGUUGGGAGACACUUUUGCCACACCCGCUCCUGCCCCUGAGGCAUCUGCUAAUGCAGCUGAAGGCGGAGUUGCUGCCACAUCUGCCCCUGGUGCUGCCGCUGGUGCUGACCCAUUUGCUCCAUCAGAAGGUAGCACCAACACUGUGUCCACUGGUCUAGACCUUUUCUCCAUGAUGGACUCUGAUACAACUGCUGCUAGCUCUUUGGACGCGUGUUUUACCUCACAACCUAGCCCCUCCCCCUCACCACUCUUCAGCUCUGCCUCCACAACCAUCACAACCACCGCCACCAUCUCCGCCCCCAACGCUAACCACUCCACCAACCUGUUCAGUGCGGACGUGUUCAGCUCCCCCGCCCCCCUCCUCUCCUCAGCACCACCAGCAAAAUUAGACACUGGAGACAUCAUGAACCUGUUUGGUGAGUCCACUGGAGAUGCCCCAGCUGCUGCCCCUGCCCCUGCUGCUGCUGCACCUGGAGCUGAACUCAUGUCAGUGUUUGAUGGAUUAGGAGAUGUGAUGAAGCCCACUGUGAACCCUCAGGCAGGCGAUGUUGACACCUCCAUGGCUAACAUGGCGAGUAAUCUCACAAUGGGAACAGCCCCUCAGGUAGCUCCCCCCAGUUGGGGUGCCCCCAUGGGUGGUGCACCAGGAGCUCCCAUGAUGCCGAUGGUUAGGCCGGGCUUCCCAGCAGGCGGAGCAGCCCCUGCACCUGGAGCACCGAUGUCUGGAGCUGCGCAGAGUCCGAGAAAGCCCCCUCCUCCAAGAAAUGCCCUGGAUGACCUCAACAUUAAGGACUUCAUGUAGGCAGCGGGACAGGCAAUCUCAAAAGGUUUGUCAAUGUGUAUGGAGCUUUGUGGAUAUGGAUGUCUGCACUCCCCACUGCCUCCCCUUUGUCCCUUCAGCCAAUCAGCCAUCAUCUAUACUAACUUCACUCUUUGGCUUGGUUAAAAAGCCCUCCUUUUCCUAUCUAAUGUUGUAGCACAACUGUGAAUGUGAACCCUAGAAACAGAAAACAAAAUUCAGUUUACGUGUGUGUGGGUGUGUGUAACUCAGUGUUAACCUUUACUUAAUAUACUCUGGAAAAUUUAACAAAAACAGAUAAAUGUGUAUUUAGAUCCAUUCUCCACUUCCACAUAUCAGCUGACUUGAACAGUGCAUACUGUAUAUGUUGGUUUUGCGCAUUCCCCAGAUGAGGACUGUGUUGUUAAAUGUGGACUGUGUUCAGUGUGUGUAACUUCACCUGCCAAGGCCCACCCAGUCUCAAACUUUCCAGGAGCUAAGUAUCAUUCAUUCAACUCUUGUUCUUUCUCUGCAACCAUUCUCACCUGUUGACUUUCGGACAGUCAAAUGUGACCGCAUGCACUGCAAA